AUCCGCUAGUCCGCAGCCCCGGGGCCGGCGACGGCUGCUCUUCCCGUUCCUUCUCCGGCCCGAUGGAGGAACCUUCUGGGAAGCCCCUCAGUUUUGAGGAGAAGGAAAAGUUGAAGGAAAAAUUAGCAUUCUUGAAAAGAGAAUAUAGCAAGACUCUGGCCCGUCUUCAGCGGGCCCAAAGAGCUGAGAAGGUUAAGAGUUUUAUUAAGAAAACAGUGAAAGGACAAGAUUGCUUGCUCCAGCCAGAAGUUUCACCGCAGCUGAACCACUCAGAAACUAAAACUAAAGUAUCUUCUUGUGAUGCAUUUCAAAUCAACACCUGUCUCAAUGAAGAAAAUGGAGAUGUUGAGCCUGAGUCUUCCAACGCUGGACAUGGCCCAGUGGAAGGAUUACACAUGCAGAGAACAGAUGAUACACAAGAGGAUGUUGCCUACAGUGUCAGUGGCCCUGAUGGUGAGAAAAGGCAGAACUGAAUUAGCAGACGUUCCUGCUUGUGACAGCUUAAACCCAGGCAACCUACAGUUGGUUUCAAAGUUAAAG